AUGGACUCAGACCCCGUACCUUCAUCAUCGCCCGCGUUUGGGACACCGGCGCACCCGUUCCGAAAGAGCAAACCUACUGCAGUCCCAGCAAGAACGUCUAUUCUGCCGAUAUUACUCCCCCCAACCACCCUUCGACCGGUGGCAUUCCGCACAAUUACCCGAAAGCACAACUUGACAAUCUCUUCAUCCGCUCUUCAAGCGCUAGCCGCGUUUGUGGGUAAGAACUGUGGCUCAGGAUGGCGCGAAGAAGGUCUCGCAGAGCGCGUGCUGGACGAGGUAGCUAAGAGUUGGCGAAAAGCUGGCGGAGGGGUCAUCAUGGAAGAAGGGAAAGGCGCAUCCCUAAAGGCGAUUUUACAGACCAUUGAAGGGAACAUGAGCGGUGGGCGGAUAGCCACGAGCAAGGGAACGAGCGCAGAACAGGUGCCUAUGGCUGGGAAUCAGACUUGGGAUGUCUUGGCCUCUGAAUCCCAACAGGCCCCGACUACAAUAUCAUCCGACAACAUGGACCAGGGAGAAUCUGAUACGCCGACACAUCCCAGACACUGGAUCAAGGUCGUCGAGGCGUUUGAUAUUCCGCGCCUGACCUACAAUGCCGACAAGAAGUAUUUCGAAAUCACCAAGUCGAAGCCUACCUUGUUCCCUCCGCCUUCACGCAAGACUACUCUGUUCCGGGACCGCUACAACACGGUUUAUCAACGCUUAUUAAGAAAUGAGUCAUUUCAAACGUCUUCCAGCGGACGUUCAUUAAAGCGGACAUCCUCUUUUGCGUCGAAUCAAUGCUACAAACUCACACCCAUUGCGAACUUGCUCGGCAGAAGUGGCACAUCCCAUUUGCUGCUUGGUCUACUAUCUACUUCUCCUACCGGCGAACUUUCUCUCACUGAUCUCACAGGAAGCAUCGCAUUGGAUCUGAGCCAUGCACGCAUGAUCCCAGAGGAUGGCGCUUGGUUUGCGCCUGGUAUGAUCGUACUUGUGGACGGUAUCUACGAAGAAGAAGAAACCGUUAGGGGGUCGACUUUAGGCGGAAACAGUGGUGUUGGCGGCGCGAUUGGCGGGCGAUUUGUCGGAGUCUCGAUAUGCGGGCCGCCAUGUGAACGGCGAGAUGUCUCCCUCGGGACAAACAAUCGCAACAGCGCGGGAGAGAUUAGUUCCAGUGGAGGAUUUGGAUGGAUCGAUUUCUUGGGAGUUGGCAGUGAGCGCGCCAGAGGCCCACGUAUGAGGCAGAUACAAGCCAAGUGGCUACGGGACAGCAACCAGGGCGUUGAGGGCCAUGCCAGGCUGAAAGUAGCCAUUAUGAGCGAGGUCAACCUUGACAACAUGAGAACACUCGAUGGCCUCCGACGGCUAUUCAAUUCAUACAACCACCUCCCUUUGGAAGAUCGACCAAGUGUCUUCAUUCUCAUCGGCAACUUCGUUCAAAAGGCAGUCAUCAACGGCGGUACUCAGGCGGGCAGCAUUGAGUAUAAGGAGUACUUUGAUGCGCUGGCCACAGUACUCUCGGAAUUCUCAGCUUUGCUGCAGCGCUCCACUUUCGUUUUUGUUCCAGGUGACAACGACCCGUGGGCCUCGGCCUUUUCAGCUGGAGCUGCUUGUACUAUACCUCGCCAGGGCGUUCCUGAAUUGUUCACCUCGAGGGUGAAACGCGCGUUCACGUCCGCCAACGCCGAGAUCAAUCGGUCUCAGACCUCGGAGCCCCCUGGCGAGGCUAUAUGGACAUCCAAUCCAUCCCGUCUUACAUUCUUCGGGCCCGUCCACGACAUUGCCAUUCUCCGGGACGACAUUUCAGGGAGAUUGAGACGCAGUGCAGUGACCACCGGCCAGGAGAACAACAACUCUGAUACAACCAUGAAUGGCCACUCUGAUAACGCUUCUAUGGAGAUGGGCUCUACUGCUCCGGAAGACCAAACCGAGGAUCAGACAGAGCAACCUGACGUGAGGAACAAAUCGACACCACCGGCAGUCCUCAUGGCUCGGAAACUCGUCAAAACCAUCCUUGACCAAGGAACGAUGUCUCCCUUCCCUCUCUCCACGCGGCCCGUCCUUUGGGACUACGCAGCUUCACUACAGCUUUACCCUCUGCCCACGAGUUUCAUCCUAGCGGAUGCUGAGGCGGUGCCGUUUUGUAUGACGUACGAGGGAUGCCAUGUGAUGAACCCGGGGCGACUUAUUCCUGAGGGAGGGUCGUCUGUGAAAUGGAUAGAAUACGACGUUGUGAAGAAUCGUGGGAAGGUGAAGGAAGAGCGUCUUUGA